AUGAAGCCGAUCCACAGUCAGAGAUGGUGCAAUUGUCAGCAGAAGCUUGGAGACCGCGCCCUUUCCCUGAAACAAACCCUGGAAGAGGAAUGUAUCAGAGAUGAUGAGAGCGCCCUCAGCACAUUGCCCUCCAACAUGUGCAGGUCGCCAGUCCGCAGAUGGUGUCGCCUCCUCGAGCCGCAUACCCUCGCCACCGGAGCUGCAGCCCAUUCGACCACCACCACCUCCUUCCCACCAGAGAAAUCGAUCGCGUGUCGCUUUGCCUCCCAUAGAGACCCUGGUGACGCAGAAUCGGGUCAGGACGCCGUCCACGCAAUCUCAGAGCUUCGGCGUCGAGGCUAUGAUUAUGUGCGUGGCAAGCACAGCUCUGGCUCUGCGAUCUCGAGCCUUGCUGGUUCUGCUCUCAGCUCUCAGGCCCAGUCACAAAUUCAGUCUGCCAAUGCCGGCGGUAUUUUCAUGCUCCCUGACCGUGACUCUGCCUGGGGAGGCGACGCAGCCUCUGAGCGCCCACCGUCGCCCACCAACUCUGAGCUUUCUAGGUCCCGCAGCACAAGCAGCUACACCGAUUCAGUUUCUCAGAACACCUUCGCAAGGGGAUCCGCAUACAACGCACCAGCAAAGCAACGAGUCAUGCCCCAACUUGAACUGACACCAAAGAACGUUGCCGAUGCGAAACAAGAUCCUCACGGCGCAACACCGAAGGAGAGAGGUGUCUCGAUCGGUAGUCCGUUGGACCAUCCUAUAUACCAUAUCCGACUAGAGGAGAGCUCGCGUCCUCCCGCUCUCACAUUUCCUACUCAGCCUUCCUCGUUAGGCAAACGUGCGUUUCCUACCAGUGAUGAAUACGCUUCGACGUCGACUGCGAGCAAGAGACCCCGACCAGUCGAGAUACCAUUCGCACAGGAGGAGCACCAGAUCCAAAUCUCAUCGAUUGGACACGAGGACGUCUGGAAUAGUUCGCGGAUCUUGGGGUCCUCCAGCUCCAUACAUAUUCUGGAGACGGAGCCUGGGGGUCUUGUCAAUUGUCCAGCUGGAGUAUAUCGUCUUGUCAAUGUCGGAGUCGACGGCCAGAAGGAGUGGUCUCAAGGCGAAAGCCACCAAAGCCCAGAACGGAGUCCAGGACCCGAGAGGGCCCACACGCUGGAGAGCAUAGGGUACAUCUACUCGCGGGCGGAAGAGGUCGUCGUAGUGCUGUCGGUAGCCGCCCGCCCCGUGCCCGAGCAGAUGAGCACGACCGACCGCUUCGUCGACCCAGUGCACCCCGACGUCCUGGAGCGGGAAGAAUGGAUGUCGCGCGCAUGGACGUACCAGGACGCCGCGAGCAGCAACGUCCUCUCCAUCAACUGUGAGGAGUCUCAGAGGUCCAUCCUCGUCCCUGGCAGUCAUUCCCUGAAUCGUCUAGGCUACACGCUGACGCGACUUGACACGGUCGAGGACCUGACCGCCGAGCACCUGCUGGUCGGGUCUACGGAGGGCGCGGCGCUGCAGGUCAUGGCGAACAUGGACCGGCGCACUCAGCACCACCAGCCGCGGCAGCCGUGA